AACAGAAGAGAUCCAAAAUGGCGUCCCUUCUGUAUCGGGCAGUCUCGACCGCUGGAAGGACAGUGGUGCAAAACGGACAAAGGGUGUUAGGAGUGUGCCCCAAUGUCCAACAGAGGAGGAACCUGUCCCUCCAUGAGUACCACAGUCUGCAGCUGCUGAGGGAUGCUGGGGUGGUCACUCCUCGGGGAGAGGUGGCCAGGUCUCCUGAGGAAGCCUUCGAGAUCGCCAAAAAACUCGGAGGAGAGGAUGUCGUGAUUAAGGCCCAGGUCCUGGCAGGUGGGCGUGGCAAGGGAUCCUUCGACAGCGGGCUCAAGGGAGGGGUCAAGAUUGUCUUCUCUCCCGAGGAGUGUAAGGACAUCGCCACCAAGAUGCUUGGCCACAAGAUCUUCACCAAGCAGACGGGCGAGGCAGGGAGGAUAUGUAAUGAGGUGCUGCUGGUGGAGAGGCUGUACCCCAGGAGAGAGUUCUACUUUGCUAUUGUGAUGGAGAGAGCGUAUGGGGGACCAGCCAUUGUAGCCAGCUCUCAAGGUGGAGUCAACAUCGAGGAAAUAGCAGAGGAAUAUCCUGAUGCCAUCAUCAAGGAGGGCAUUGACAUCGUAGAAGGACUGAGUAUUGACCAAGCCAGAGGCAUAGCUGCCAAGAUGAACUUCCAGAAAGAUCUUCAGGAGGAGGCAGCAGAAAUGAUGGUGAAGAUCUAUGAGAUGUUCAGUCGGACAGACGCCACCAUGGUGGAAAUCAACCCCAUGUCAGAGGACUCUAAUGGAAAAGUGUACUGCAUGGAUGCCAAGGUGCGUUUUGAUGACAACGCGGAGUACCGUCAGAAGGACAUCUUCGCCCUUCGUGACUGGUCACAGGAGGAUGAACGAGACAUUCAGGCUGCCAAGGCUGACCUCAACUACAUCGGCCUGGAUGGCAACAUUGGCUGCCUCGUGAAUGGGGCGGGGCUUGCUAUGGCAACCAUGGACAUCAUCAAGCUCCAUGGGGGGUCCCCGGCUAACUUCCUGGACGUGGGAGGCGGCGCAACGGCAGCACAGGUUACUGAGGCCUUCAAACUCAUCACUUCUGACCCUAACGUUCAGGCCAUCAUGGUGAACAUCUUUGGCGGCAUCAUGCGCUGUGAUGUCAUCGCUCAGGGCAUCAUCGAGGCUGCCACAGAGCUGGAUCUCAAAGUGCCCAUUGUAGUCAGGUUGCAAGGAACACAAGUAGACGAUGCCAAGGCCCUGAUAGCUGCCAGUGGACUGAGAAUCCUAGCCUGUGACAACCUAGAUGAUGCAGCUAAGAUGGCUGUGCGGUUGUCUACCAUUGUUCAACUUGCGAAGCAGACGAAAGUCGAUGUGAAGUUUGAGCUACCAACAUUCUGAGCAUCCUAUCUCCCACCCCUCCAUUCUGUUGGACUGUUCCAGAAUGUUGUAUGUAUGUAUGUAUCCAAUUUGGGGAAGUACCAAGUAGAGAACUUUGAAUUCUGGGGGGUUCGAAGACUUUUUAUGUUGGCCUUUGUGGCCAAAUGAUAUGCAAAGUAAAUGAACAAAUUUGUGGAGCCUUUUUGUCUUAUUGUAAUGAUGUGUCACAAAAUAUUACAUAUACGAUAUACAAUGUAGCAGUUACUUACUUACUACAUAGAUUUAU